AUGAAUUCUACUGAUAUAGUAGUAUUCGGUUUACUUGCCGUUGGUUUGUUUGCUUAUUUCAAAAGAGAAACUUUGAAAGAACUUUUAAGCUCUGAUGAUAGCGAUAUUGCUGUAACUACUGGUGGUUCAAGAGAUAUUGCCCAAAUUGUUCGUGAUAAUAAUAAAAAUUAUCUAGUUUUAUUCGCUUCCCAAACUGGUACUGCUGAAGAUUAUGCAAAGAAAUUUGCAAAAGAGUUAGCUGCAAAAUUCUCUCUAAAUGUUAUGUGUGGUGAUGUUGAAAAUUAUGAUUUCGAAACUUUGAAUGAAUUACCAGAAAAUUGUAUUGUUUCAAUCUUUAUCUCUACUUAUGGUGAAGGUGAUUUCCCUGAUGGUGCUAUUAACUUCGAAGAAUUUUUAUCAAACGCUGCCGAUGUCAAUUCUUUGCCAAAUGUCAAUUUCACUUUAUUUGGUCUAGGUAACUCUACUUAUGAAUUUUACAAUGGUGCUGCUGGUAAAGCUUUGAAACAUUUAGAAGCAGCCGGUGCUUCUAUAAUCGGUCCUUACGGCCAAGGUGACGAUGGUGCUGGUACUACUGAUGAAGAUUAUAUGUCCUGGAAAGAUGCUGUCAUGGAAUUAUUGAAAGAUCAAUUAAAAUUAGAUGAACAUGAACAAACUUUUACCCCAUCAUUUAAAUACGAACCUUUAUCUUCCAUUUCUGAAGAAACCUCCCUUGGUGAACCUUCUUUCCAAUACUUGCCAGUCGGUAAAUUGUCCUUCAACGAUGCUCACAUCCAAUUAGGUCCUUACGAUUUAUCCCAUCCAUUUGUUGCUCCAAUUGUUAAAUCUAAUGAAUUAUUCACUUCUGCUGACCGUAACUGUAUUCACUCCGAAAUUGAUAUCUCUGGCUCUAAUAUGAAAUAUUCUACUGGUGAUCAUUUAGGUAUUUGGCCAUCCAAUGCUAAUGAAAAAGUCGAACAAUUUUUGUCUACUUUCGGCUUAGAUUCAAACACUAUCUUUGAUUUGAAACCUUUAGAUUCUACUGUUAAAUUACCUUUCCCUGUCCCAACUACUAUCGGUGCUGCUGUCAGAAACUAUAUGGAAAUUACUGGUCCUGUCCCAAGAAACUUAUUUGCUUCUUUAGUUCAAUUUGCUCCAAAUGAUGAAUUGAAGGAAAAAUUAACUAGCUUGUCUCAAGAUAAAGAUUUGUUCGCAAAAGAAGUUACUGCUAAAUACUUAAAUUUGGCAGAUGCUUUGUUGCAAUUGUCUAAUGGUGAAAAAUGGUCUACUGUUCCAUGGGAAUUCUUGAUUGAAGCUAUCCCUCAUUUAAAUCCACGUUACUAUUCCAUCUCUUCUUCUGCGUUAUCUGAAAAACAAGUUAUCCAUAUCACUUCUGUUGUUGAAAAUUCUGAAAAUCCAACUGGUUCUGGUCCAAGAGUAUUGGGUGUUGCUACCAACUUGUUAAGAAAUAUCGAAUUAGUUGAAAACAAAGAAGAUGAAUCUACUUUACCUAUCCAUUAUGAUCUAACUGGUCCUCGUAAAUUAUUCUCUGGUUUCAAAUUACCUGUCCAUGUUCGUCGUUCCACUUUCAGAUUACCAACCAACCCAUCCACUCCUGUUUUGAUGAUUGGUCCAGGUACUGGUGUUGCUCCAUUCCGUGGUUUUAUUAGAGAACGUGUUGCCUAUGUUCAAACUCAAGAAAACGUUAAACUAGGUAAACAUUUAUUAUUCUACGGUUCUCGUGAUACUCAUGAUUAUUUGUAUAAGGAAGAAUGGCCAGAAUAUUCCAAGAAAUUGGAUGGUUCAUUCGAAAUGGUUGUUUGUCACUCCAGAUUACCAAACGUAAAGAAGGUUUAUGUUCAAGAUAAGCUAAGAGAACGUGCUAGUGAUGUUUAUCAAAUGAUCAAGGAUGGUGCCUUUAUCUACGUUUGUGGUGAUGCUGGUAGUAUGGCUAAAGGUGUGAGUUCCGCUUUGGUUGACAUUUUAUCUAAAGAACAAUCCAUCUCUACUGAAGAUGCUUGUGAAAUGAUAAAGAUGUUAAAGACUUCCGGCAGAUAUCAAGAAGAUAUUUGGUAG